AUGAUUUCUUUUAUUAAUUGUUUUAUUACAAAAAAUAUCUUUAUUUUUGUUAUCAUUUUUCUUGGUAAUACUAUUUUUAUAUCAUCAAAACCAUUUAACAUACAAGAAAAUAAUGUUAAUACUCAUUCUUUAAAAGAAGAUAAUGAUUUACAAAAUAGAAAUAAAAGAAAUAUUGGUUGUGAAUAUGGUAAUUGUGGACAUGGUAUAUUAGGUGUUGGAACUGCCACUGGAUCACUUGUUCACCAACCAUAUUCUAAUGGAUGUUCAGGUUGUGGUUGUGAUUGUGGAUGUUCAAAAUAUGCCACUGCAAAUAUAAAACUUCAUAAUUCAUGUGGAAAUUGUGAAUGUGGUUGUAUACAAUGUGCUACUACUACAAUUAGAGUUCAUUCUCCAUGUUCUUGUGGCUGUUGUACUGGAUGUGGAAAUGGAUGCGGUUGUGGAUGUCAAAAAUGUGUUAUUUCUACAGUAAGAAUGCAUUCUCCAUGUUCUUCUUGUUGUUGUUCUGGAUGUAGUAAUGGGUGUAAAUGUAAUUGUGGAUGCCAACAAUAUGAUACUGCUACAGUUAAAAUGCAUUCUCCAUGUUCAUCUGGUUGUUGUUCUGGAUUUGGUAAUGGAUGCGGUUGUGGAUGUCCAAAAUAUGCAACAGCAAAUAUAAAAUUUCAUAAUCCAUGUGGAAAUUGUGGAUGUGGUUGUUCACAAUGUGUUACUGCUAGAAUAAGAAUGCAUUCACCAUGUUCUUGUGGUUGUUGUUCUGGUUGUGGAAGUGGAUGCGGUUGUGGAUGUCAAAAAUGUGCUUCAGCUUCUGUAAAACUUCAUAAUUCAUGUGAAAAUUGUGGUUGUAAACAAUGUGCUACUGCUACAAUUAGAAUACAUUCUCCAUGUUCUUGUGGCUGUUGUACUGGAUGUGGUAAUGGAUGCGGUUGUGGAUGUCAAAAAUGUGCUUUAGCUUCUGUAAAACUUCAUAAACCAUGUGAAAAUUGUGGUUGUGGAUGUCAACAAUGUGGUACAGCUACAGUUAGAAUGCAUAAUCUAUGUCACUCAAAUGAUUGCUGUCCUGGUUGUCAUCAUCGUUCUAUGAUUCCACCACCAUGUAUGUCUUGUAUUGGAAGACCAGUUGGUUGUAGUUGUGGAGGUAAUUCUGCUAUAAAUAUGGCUAUUGGUGCAGCUACUGGUGCUCUUUUACCAAAUUAUAAUAUAAAAAUUGGUGAAGGUUAUGGUUCAAGAGAUUAUUAUGAUUAUGAUGGAUUCGGUGAUUUUGAAAUGGGAGGUGAAUAUAAGCGCAAGAAAAGAUUUAUAAGAAGUAAUGGAUUCAAUAAGGAAUAA